AUGGGCAGCAUCGAACAAACAGCUGAGCUCCUCUUGUGUCUCUCCCCCACUGAAGUUGCCAGUCUCAAGGAAGGAAUCAAUUUUGUUCGAAAUAAGAGCACUGGCAAAGAUUACAUCUUGUAUAAGAGUAAGAGCCACCUGCGAGCGUGCAAGAAUAUGUGCAAGCACCAAGGAGGCCUGUUCAUAAAAGAUAUCGAGGAUUUAGAUGGAAGGUCUGUUAGAUGUACAAAACACAACUGGAAGUUGGAUGUGAGCACCAUGAAGUAUAUCAACCCUCCAGGCAGCUUCUGUCAAGAUGAACUAGUUGUGGAAAAGAGUGAAGAAAAUGAACUUUUGCUUCUAGAACUGAAUCCUCCUAACCCCUGGGAUUCAGAGCCCAGACCUCCUGAAGAUUUGGCUUUUGGGGAAGUGCAGAUAACAUACCUUACUCAUGCCUGCAUGGACCUCAAGCUGGGGGACAAGAGGAUGGUGUUUGACCCUUGGUUAACGGGUCCUGCUUUUGCCCGAGGAUGGUGGUUACUACAUGAGCCUCCAUCUGAUUGGCUGGAGAGGCUGUGCCGAGCGGACCUAAUUUACAUCAGUCACAUGCACUCAGACCACCUGAGUUACCCUACACUGAAGAAGCUUGCUGGGAGAAGACCAGAUAUCCCCAUUUAUGUUGGAAAAACAGAAAGACCUGUAUUUUGGAAUCUGAAUCAGAGUGGUGUCCAGUUGACUAAUAUCAAUGUAGUGCCAUUUGGAAUAUGGCAGCAGGUAGACAAAAAUCUCCGAUUCAUGAUCCUGAUGGAUGGCGUUCAUCCUGAAAUGGACACUUGCAUUAUCGUGGAAUACAAAGGUCAUAAAAUACUCAACACAGUGGAUUGCACCAGACCCAAUGGAGGAAGGCUGCCUGUGAAGGUUGAUUUAAUGAUGAGUGAUUUUGCUGGAGGAGCAUCAGGCUUUCCGAUGACUUUCAGUGGUGGAAAGUUUACUGAGGAAUGGAAAGCCCAGUUCAUUAAAACAGAAAGGAAGAAACUCCUGAACUACAAGGCUCGGCUGGUGAAGGACCUACAACCCCGAAUUUAUUGCCCCUUUGCUGGGUAUUUUGUGGAAGCCCACCCAUCAGACAAGUAUAUUAAGGAAACAAACAUCAAAAAUGACCCAGAUGAACUCAACAGUCUUAUCAAGAAAAAUUCUGAUGUGUUAACGUGGACGCCGCGACCUGGAGCCACUCUUGAUCUGGGAAGGAUGCUAAAGGAUCCAACAGACAGCAAAGGCAUCAUUGAGCCUCCGGAGGGGACUAAAAUUUACAAGGAUUCCUGGGACUUUGGACCAUAUUUGAAAAUCUUGAAUGCUGCUGUAGGAGAUGAAAUAUUUCAUCACUCAUCCUGGAUAAAAGAAUACUUCACUUGGGCUGGAUUUAAGGAUUACAACCUGGUGGUCAGGAUGAUUGAGACAGAUGAGGACUUCAGCCCUUUUCCUGGAGGAUAUGACUAUUUGGUUGACUUUCUAGAUUUAUCCUUUCCAAAAGAAAGACCAAGCCGGGAACAUCCAUAUGAGGAAAUUCGGAGCCGGGUUGACGUCAUCAGACACGUGGUGAAGAAUGGUCUGCUCUGGGACGACCUGUAUAUAGGAUUCCAAACCCGGCUUCAGCGGGAUCCUGACAUAUACCACCAUCUGUUUUGGAACCACUUUCAAAUAAAACUCCCCCUAACACCACCCGACUGGAAGUCCUUCCUGAUGUACCAUGGGUAG